AUGAUGAAUAUUGAUAUUGAAGAUCAACUUUCGGCUCUCCAUUGAAUUAAAGAAGAAGGAAUUACUAUGAAUAGCAACCAACUGUACUCAAGUUCUGGAAGAAAUUCACGUGAGUUUGAUUCUUCAUGAAGGCCGAUAGACUUUUUCAAGAUCUAUUUUGAUAAUGAAGUCUUGGGAGAAAUACUGACUAAUUCAUGAAGAUAUUACACUAAGAAGCUAUCAGAAAAGCAGAAACAAAAAAAAUUGAAUAACCCUGAAAUUGAUAUAUUGAAUGAAAAGCUCUCACAGCUGAUCAUUGAAGAAGCAAAAGAAGAUGAGAAAGAACCAAAAGCUCCUGAAAUAAUAAGUUCAAAGAAAAUCAAAGAAAUAGAUAUGAUUGAAUUAGAAGCAUACAUUGGGGUGAUAAUUACGAUGGGAAUUGAUAGGAAACCAAAUUAUCAUAUGCAUUGGAAUACUCAUGGAUUAUGAGAGAGUAGUCUUAUAUCAAAGGCCUUAGGACUUAAAAGAUUUAUAAAUAUUGGAAGCAUUUUUCAUCUUUCUGAUCCUUUCUACUCAUCAAACUCACAAGAUAAACUAGAAAAAUUGAAUCCACUAAUGAGUCAAAUCGAAGCAAAAUCUCAACAAUAUUAUCUUCUAGGGCAAAGCAUAGCAAUUGACGAAUCUAUGAUUGCGUUCAAAGGAAGAAAUUCCAUGAAGCAGUAUCUACCAAUGAAACCAACUAAAUGAGGAUUCAAAAAUUUUGUCUUACUCCCCCCCCCAUCCUUGAUCGAACGAUUGACUGUAAAAAUUCCUAAAAAUUGGGGAAAUUAACCCCCAUCCUUGAUCGAACGAUUUUCUUAUCAUGCAAAUUUUUAUAUAUAUAUAAAAAUAUAUUAUUUAUCAAAAGCUUGGGAAGAUGUGCAUAAUGAAGUUGUUUUCAGAGGCUUUGAGACGACAGAAAGCUGCGGAAUCAACCAUUCGAAGUGAUUUAGUCAUUAACAUAUGCUUAAAAACUCAAUAAUCUAAUAAAAUACAGAUUUUUUAAAAUUUAAAAAAAAUAAAUUAAUUUAAUAAGGAACAAAUUAAAAUUUAUACAGUUUAAAGGGGUAACUAAUAAAUUAAAAUAUUAAAAAUUGGUAUUUUAUGAAAUUAAUUCAAUUUUUUGCUUUAAAAAUAAUAAUUAAAUACUCUUAACCCUCUUAUUUAAAAGUAAUAAAAAAAUAUAUUUUUUUAUUUUAUAUAUAAAUUUUUUUCCCGAAAAUUUUUUUUUAACCCCCAUCCUUGAUCGAAUGAUGGCGAGUCGUUCGAUAAGGAUGGGGGGGAGUUAGCAGAUUCAAGCAACGGCUAUGUUUAUAGAUUCAUUAUUUACCCUGGAAAAAACGAAUCUUCUGAAUUCUCUCCUGAAAACGUUUGCUUGAGGCUUUUGCAAGGACUAGAAAAUCAAAAUUUUCAUCUUUAUAUUGAUAAUUGAUAUAAUUCAAUACCAUUGUUAUUGAAAUUGAAAGAAUUUGGAAUUGAAUGCACUGGCACAAUAAAACAAAAUCGAAAAUAUCUUCCGAAGGACUUCAAACAGAUUAUUGCAGGAAUAAAUCAAAGCAAUAUUUGUUUAUAA